GAAGAUCUAUCUCUCUAUUUAUUUAAUCUUCGUCGAAAUGAAAUUCCUAUUUGCGAUUAUAACGAUUGCUUGUGCGAUGUACGAUGAUGCCAGUGGUGCCAGAAUUUUGAUGAUGACUCCGCAUCAAGCGAAAAGUCAUUACAUAGUAUAUGAGGCGUUGCUGAAGAGACUUGCGGAAAGGGGUCACCAAGUAGUGUCGUUCAACCAUUUUCCUCAGAAAACAGUUUUACCUAAUUUCACGGAUGUGGAUAUAUCUUCAAGCAUGCCACACGUGGUCGGUACAAAGUCGAUCAAGAUUGCCUUUCAGCAAACCAUGUUGCAAAAAUUGGGAUCGAUAUCCCGUAUAAGCUUACCAACGUGUCAAUCCGUAUUGGAACAUCCGGAAUUGAAGAAAUUUCUGCAUUCGAAGGAGAAGUUCGAUGUGUACAUCAUGGAAAUCUUCCUUUCCGACUGUUUUAUCGGUAUCGGCCAUGCUCUCAAAAUACCAAUUGUGGUUGGAAUAAGUAGCACCAUGCCUUAUCCAUGGACGAACGGGAUUCUUAGGAAUCCUGAAAACCCUAGUUACAUUCCUAACUUAUUAAGUAAUUUUUCGGACGAGAUGAAUUUCUUCGAGAGGGCCGCCAAUGUGAUGUACUUUUUCAUCAGCAAACUCGCCUAUAGGUACCUAGCGGACAGGCCAGGUUACGAAAUCGCGAAAAAACACUUUGGCGACGAUCUUCCGGACUUGGACAUGUUACGAUCUAGGAUAUCAUUGAUACUGACGAAUGGGCACAGGGCAGUGAACACGCCACGAGCCCUUGCGCCAGGACUUAAAGAGCUGGGCGGUAUGCACAUACCAGCGUCGGGCCCGCCCCCGUUGCCCAAAGAUCUUAAAGAUUUUCUCGACUCGAGCGAGAACGGGGUUAUUUACUUUAGCCUGGGAUCGCAAAUAAACAUAUCCACCAUGCCCAACGAGAUGUUAAUGUCUUUCUACGAGGCGUUCGAGCGGGUACCGCAACGGAUAUUGUGGAAGUGCACCGAGAGCAAUAUGCCCAAGCUGCCCAAAAAAGUUAAGUCCAUCGAAUGGGCGCCCCAGCUCUCCAUAUUGUGUCACCCGAAUGUGCGGUUAUUUAUCUCGCACGGUGGAAUGCUGAGCUCUCAAGAGGCGGUUUAUUGCGGGGUACCGAUUCUCGGCAUACCCCUGUACGGGGAUCAACACCUGAACCUGGCCUACUUCAUGAAAAGGGGGUUCGCUCUGAAACUGGAUUACUAUCAACUUUCAUACGAGCCGACGAUAUCAAACGCUUUGAACGAACUGCUCCUGAACAAGAGUUACAAGGAUAUGGCGAGGAAAGCCUCUUUCGAGUUCAGGGAUCGACUGAUACCACCCCUGGACGAGGGAGUUUAUUGGAUAGAGUAUUUACUUCGCCAUGGGCCGGAUUCAUUGAGGACAACGGCAACGAAUUUAACUUGGUACCAAUAUUUAUUGCUGGACGUUAUACUCGCGAUAAUAAUUUCGAUCGCGUUGACGGUAUUCAUCGUUUACAAAUUAUUUAAAUUAUUAAUUUGGAAUGAAAGAAUGACGAUAGAUGUUAAUAAGAAACGAUCGUGAAGAAAGAUCCUACUGCGAAAUAUUGUAAGAAGUUGUUAUAAGUUUUGAUUAAUUAAAAAAA